AGGGAUCCGAAUUCAUUCUCUCUAAACUCCCUUGUAAAAGUGACCGUGCAUUCUCUGUUUUUAAUAUAAUUCGGGCUACAGGUGUUCCACCUAAAGUCCUACCGGUCAUUCUGAGUGUUUCUACUUUUUUUACUUUACUGAAUCAACCCGGUCUAGUGUAGUUUGACCGGUCAAGUAAUUUACACCAUCAUUUUUGGCGCCGACCGUGGGACCGUUAAGGUUUCCUCUCUUCUAAAUACAAACCUACCCAAAAAAACACCACUCAAAAUGUCUUCGAGCCAGCAUAUCAACGCCACCACUGCUCAGGUGCAAGCCACCGUUGAAGGUACCAGCAUCCCCAUGGCUGUUUUGCCGUUGGGACCAAGCUCGGUCCCAACACCCAGCAUGGUAAGCCCAUUCACGGCCCCCGUCCCUUCCGCUGGACCGAGGGUCACUUUCCCACCAAGCAUGACUCAGUUCAUGAAUGACCCAGCCAACCUGCAGGCCAUCCAAGGCUUUGGCCAGGUCAUGGCUAUGUGCCAACAGAAUGGGGGGAUGCCUUUCCUCCCUGGUAUGUUCCCGUUCGCUCUUCCAGGCACGGGAACCAUGCCCGUACAAGCUCCAAUGGCGGUGUCUCCCUUCCAAACGCCAGUGCUGCAACCAUCACCUUUCCAGCCGCAGCUAGUCAGCGCUGUGGCCCCCAUCAACUUGACUCGUGCGCUUAACGCCGCAGGGCCAUCGCGUCCCCCGCAAGAUGGAGGCAAAUUGGAGAGGCUGGAGAAGAAGGUUGGGGAGAAGAAUGACCGGGACAAACCCCUCGCGGGGUCCCCGUUCACUACAAGGGUCCAUCUGACACCUUUCCCGCAAAAGGUUAAGAUAGACGCCCCAAGGUUCACCGGUAAGGAGGACCCAGAAAUCCACCUGGACUCCUUCAAUCAGAGUGCAACCAUGAACGGUUGCACAGAUGAAGAAAAGUGCCUCCUUUUCUUCCAGACCUUGCGGAAUCGAGCCACCGAGUGGUUCAACAAGCUUCGCCCGGGAAGCAUUGACUCAUUCAGCGACUUGGCCUCGAAGUUCAAGGCCAAGUUCCAGGAGAACUGUACCAAGAGGAAGAAAUUCACCUAUCUUAGUACAGCCGGGCAGAGGGAAUCUGAGAACCUCACCCAAUUCCUUACCCGGUGGAAGGAGGAGGUAGACAAGGUUGAGGAGAUGGAUGACAAGACAGUGUUGUCCCUCCUCCUGAGNAAAGAUGAAGAAAAGUGCCUCCUUUUCUUCCAGACCUUGCGGAAUCGAGCCACCGAGUGGUUCAACAAGCUUCGCCCGGGAAGCAUUGACUCAUUCAGCGACUUGGCCUCGAAGUUCAAGGCCAAGUUCCAGGAGAACUGUACCAAGAGGAAGAAAUUCACCUAUCUUAAUACAGCCGGGCAGAGGGAAUCUGAGAACCUCACCCAAUUCCUUACCCGGUGGAAGGAGGAGGUAGGCAAGGUUGAGGAGAUGGAUGACAAGACAGUGUUGUCCCUCCUCCUGAGUGGUUUGCGAGCUGGGGAACUUUACAAGGAGUUCUGCCGGAAACCCCCGGCCACGUAUCAAGAAGCGUACCAUACUGCAUGGGAGUUCGCCGAGGCUGAGACUCAACUCCGGGCGAAGAAAGAAGCCGAGCAUGGUUAUAAGCCCAAGCCGGUGCAAGUCAAGAAGGAAGAAGUGCCGGUAUCCAGCCGGCCAAGGCACCACUAUGACCCGGUAGUUCGAGUGGUCAAUUCAGAAGAAUGCCAGGAGAUCAGGAAAGCACUGGUCAAUCCUACGGACAAUCCUACCAGUCAAUCUGAGUGUCAGUGGUCGGGCACCUAUUGUUCAUAUCACAGGCGUAAGUAUCCCAGGAGGGAGCCAAUAGUCUUCACUGACCGGGACCUCCCUCCUACCGGUGAAGAUCACAAUGAUCCAUUGGUCAUCACCAUGGACAUCAACGGGGUAGACGUCGCCCGGGUACUUGUUGACACCGGCAGCAGUGUCAACAUCCUCUACCUGGAGACCUUCCAGAAACUCAGGUUGUGUCGGACACAACUUGAACCCCUCAAAACCCCUCUCUCAGGCUUCACGGGAGAUACGGUGGAAGCUGAAGGGUCCAUAGUUCUACCGGUCGAACUAGGAUCGGGCGAGAAGACUGUAUGGAAGAAAAUGCAGUUCAUCGUCGUGGACAUCAAAUGCGUCACAACGCAAUCCUUGGAAGGUGGUGUGGGUAAAGUGAAGGGCGACCAGAGGAACGCCCGUGAGUGCUAUGCUCGGGCGGUCAAGAAGAUGACCAAGGGAGUCAACGUCAUCUCCCAAGAAAUCACCAAGGGAGAAACCCGGGAGAAACUUGAACCCGAGGCCGAGACAGUGGAAAUCGAACUUCACCUGGGUGAUCCUUCAAGGAUGGUCAGAAUCGGAGCCAAUCUCCCAGAAGACCUCAAGGCGGAGAUUACGCGGGUACUCCGAGAAUACGCGGGCAUAUUUGCAUGGAGCGUGGCAGAUCUACCCGGAAUCAACCGCUCAAUCAUCUGUCACCAGUUGGCAAUGAGAGAUGGAAGUCAACCGGUACGCCAGAAGAAAAGGUACCUGGCCAGUGACCGGCGGGACUUCGUCAAGAAGGAGGUGAAGGAUCUCCUCAGUGUUGGUCACAUUCGGGAAGUCAACGUGGUUCUUGCUCCCAAGGGGGACACAUGGAGAAUGUCCUACGCGCUUUUCAUCUCCGCAAAGAAGUUAACAUCCUACUUCCAAGCUCACCUGGUAGAAGUCUUGACUGACCAACCGCUGGGUGCAGUGUUGCGAAAUUCAACAUCCUCCGGGAGGAUGGUGAAGUGGGCGAUGAUGUUAACUCAAUUCAACAUUGAGUACCGGCCGAGAUCAGCAAUCAAAGGGCAAGCCCUUAUGGACUUCCUCGUGGAAAUGACCGGUGUAACUCCAGAUGCACCGGUCGACAAGCCUACCGAGCAGUGGUGGGAGAUGGCAGUAGACGGGGCGUCCAGUCCUAAAGGUUACAGGGGUGGUAUAGUCUUUACUACCCCGGAAGGUUUCAAAAUUUACCAUGCAAUCAUCUUCAACUUCAAGCUGACAAACAACGAGGCAGAAUACGAAGCUCUUGCUGGAGGGCUCAGACUUGCUCAAGCUCUCAAAAUCUGCCGGGUCAGUAUCAAAUCUGACUCUAGUCUGAUUGUUGGGCAAGUGACCGGUAAUAUGGAGGCUAGAGAAGGACGAAUGGCGCAAUACAAGGACCUGGUGCUCGCCUUGUUGAAAAACUUCGAGGAAUUCAAAAUCGCCCAAAUCCCCGGGGCAGAAAAUGCAAAUGCAGACCUUCUCUCCAAACUAACGCAGUAUGCCCCCGAGCAUGUUUCAAAACUUGCCCGGGUGGAAAUUCUAGGCCGUGCCAGCAUCGAGAAACUGGAAGUAGCUGCCAUAACAGGGGAAGCCCAAUCUGACCGGUCAAACUUGAUCGGGACGGAUGACCACUGGAUGUGUGAUCUGAUGGAGUAUCUGAUGCACGGGACCUUGCCGGAACAAGAUGACCGGGCAAGAAAAGUGAAGCUCAGGGCACCCUGGUUCCAAGUCCUUGACGGAAAGCUGUACAAGAGGGCGUUCAGGGGACCCCUUCUGAGGUGCCUAACCAACCGAAAGGCUGAACGGGUCAUAGCAGAAGUCCAUGAAGGUGUAUGCGCGGCGCAUCAGAUGUCCCGCACUCUUUCCCAGCGCAUCAUCUUGUUGGGGUAUUACUGGCCAACAAUUGUCCAAGAUUGCGAGAGGAGGGCUCAUGGGGAAACUCCAUUCUCCCUAACCUAUGGGUGUGAAGCAAGGUUGCCCAUCGAAGCCGAAUUCCCAACAUUCUGGGAAUCAAAUUAUCAACCACAGCAGAAUGAGGAAGAUCACUUGGCCGAACUCAACUUGGUCAAAGAACGGAGAAUGGCCGCGGAAGUUAAAAUGAGCACAUAUCAACAAGUCGUGAAGAAAUACCAUGACAACAAGGUUGGACCGCGAUACUUUCAAGUCGGCGAUGAAGUCCUGCGAAGAAGGGAGGCUAGUAGACCGGGAGACGGAGGAAAGCUGGCCAAAAACUGGGAAGGACCCUACCGGGUGAGAGCUAUCAUUCGCCCGGGAACCUACCGGUUAGAAACUCUUGAUGGUGUACCGGUAGAUAGAACCUGGAAUUCCCAUCAUCUUCGCAAGUUCUACAAAUGAUUGUAAUACUAGGCAAGGCCUACUUUAUUAACAAUCAAACCGAUGACAUUCAAUACUCUACAUGGUAGCAGCAGAAUUGAUAGGUCGAACCUAUCCUAGGAGGGCUUCCCGGGUGGAUCGGAUCCACUCGGAUAAGCCAACUGAGACACAGGCCCGGACCUGGCACGCUGGUUACUACACCGGUCUUGCUCAGUAUAAUAGAAAAAAUUUAAAACCCGGAA